AUGGGAUUUGUUUGGAAGAAAUUACCGAUUGAAUUGAGAAUUAUGAUUAUUGAGUUGAUGUGUAUGGAAACUAAACGAAAGUUUCUGAAAUGUUCUCGAUCUUGUAUUGAAGAAGUCUCCAAGGCAAAAUCUCCCACUGAUGAGAUCAAGAUUUUCUGGGGAUCUUGUAUUGAGAUUCUCACAAUUUUCAAAUAUAUGGUAGUUUUUCAAAAAAGAACGAUCAGUGAAGUUAAACCUGGUUUGAUUAAAGUAGUAACAAGUUUUCCGUUAGUUUAUUUCAUCUUUUAAAACAAGCAUAGAUAAGAUAGCAUUUUAGGCAUACAGAUUGUGAACUUGUCGAAUUCGAAAUUGGGACAUUGGAGGAUGUUGCAGUAAAGUAUAUUCAGAGCACAUUGAAUAUUUAUAACACAACUAUACGGAGAAUAUUCAUAGAUCAAGUUUGUUCCGAUAUUUUUUCCAAAAAUUUGCUACUUUUUUGUAGAAUCAAGAUGAACUAUUCCCAGUUCGAAAACCAAGAAUGGAAGCUUUCAAUGAUGCUUUUUGUCAAACAAGUAUCGGAUUCAAUCCAUAUUUGAAAUACGAUUUUAGAAUUAUGAGAAAUGUAAUUUUAAUUUCAAAUAUAUGUUUUUUGAAUUCUUAUUUUCAGAUUGAUCGGUUCACAACAAUAAUGAAACAAAUAGACUUCAGAUCUUUCAAAAAUUUAUAUAGUUUUGUUUACAAAUGUGAGACAACUGGAAAUUUUGAUUUUUUUGAAAACAAAUCUCUUGAGUUCGAACAGGUUUGUUCUUAUGAUUUGACGCAAAUAACAAUCUGUUUUUUUUCAGGUUCGCGAGAUGAAAGGAACUGUCAAAAUACCGAAAACUCCUUUCACAGCUGAAAUGAUAAUGGAAAUGAAAGCAAACAACAUUGAAGUGAACUUGAUGAAUGUUACUAAUAAAGGUGUGAAUCAGAUACUCAGAGGAUGGUUGAAACGGACAAGCAAUCAAAACCUCAGAGAUCUCACAUUGAAACCUGACUCCAAUGGAAAACGUUUGGAUAGACGUUGUUUUUUCGGAUUACCAUUCGUGAUUAUGGAAAAAAGGUUAGUAGAAAAUAACAAAAUUAUACAAUUCAAGCUCUUCCUGAAUAAUUGUGUUCUGGUCUUGAGUUUUCCUCAUUUCAAAACAUAGCAAUUUCGAUUUUCAGACCUGACGCGGAGAGCUACUUUCACGAUAUGUUUGCUUAUGCAGAGGACGAUGUUUAUACAUAUUCUGGCGGUUGUGAUUCAACAGAGAUAUCUCUUACAAGAGAAAAAAUAACAAAUAAUGCUGAACCACUUUGA